AUGCUGAACUGGAUCCAACGCAAUUGGUCUUCUGAUGCCCGUCUUGGUGCGGCAGCCGUCGGGACGGUCGUUGCUUUGUAUUUCCUCUCAAGUCAAUUGGGCUCCCGGGCACGUAUAGUUUCCCUGGGUCACGAAGAGAUUAUACACAUAGUCUUAUUCAAGUUCAAGCCAAGCGUGUCCCGGACAGAACAAGAAUACCUUUCCCAGACGCUCAUUAGCUUCAGGGAUGAUUGCAAGCUUCCUGACGGAUCCCGUUAUAUCAUUUCCGUUGAUGGAGGAAGGAAUAACUCACCGGAAGCCGCGGUCACCAGAGGCCUCACUCAUGGUUACGUGCUGAAGUUCAAGUCCAAGGCCGACCGUGAUUAUUACGCACACGAAGACCCGGUCCAUAAAGCCUUCAAGGACAGGGUCAAGGACUCUGCAGAAGACGUGGUUGUCUUCGAUUAUGAGGCUGGAGAGUUCAUCAGGUCAAGUAUCAUCAAGAGCGUCGCAUGA